AUGAAUCUUGUCCGAUCCGUCUGGAUGGUGUUGGUGGGGGGUGCUGGAGGUGGGGUGGGGGGGUGGGGUGGUGGGGGGUGGGUAGGGUGGGUGGGGGGGUGUGGGUGGGGUCCGGGUGUGUGUGGUGGAGGGGGGAGGGGGAUGGGGUUGUUAGGGGUGUGGGUGGUUGGGGGGGGAGGGUGGGGGUGUGGUGGGGUGGGGGGUGGGUUGGGGGGUGGUGGGGGUGGGGGGUUGGGGUGGGGGGUGUGGGGGUGGUGGGGGGGUGGGGUGAUGGGGGUGGGGGUGGUUGGUGGCGGGGGGUGUUGUUGGGUGGUGGGUUGGGGGGUGGGUUGUGAGUUGUGCUGGGGGGGGGGAGUGGGUGGGAUGGGGGGUGGAUGUUUGGGGUGUGGGGGUUGUGGGUGGGGUUGUGGGUGUGUGGGGGGGGGGGUUGGGUCGGGGGGGUGGGGGGGGUCGGGGGUGGGUGUGUUUGGUCAGGGGGGGAGUGGUGUGGGUGGAUUGGUGGUGGUGGGUGUGGGAGGUGGGGUGGGGGGGGUGGUUGUGGUGGUGGGGUGGGGGGUAGGGGGAGUGGUGGUUGGUGGGUUGGGGUGGUGUGGUGGAGGGGGGGGGGGGGGGGAGGUAGUGUUGUAUUGGUGGGUUGGGGUGUGGUGGGUGUGGGGGGGGUGGGGGUGGGGGGGGGGUGGUGGGGGGGGGGGGGGGGGUGUGAGUGGGUGGGAGUCGGCAUACUGUGGGGGGGGGCUGGUGAGGUGGGGGGGGUUUGGGUGUGGCUGGUGGGUGGGGCGGGGUGGGUUGGGUGGGGGGGUUGGGGCUGUGGGGGUUGUGGGGUUGGGAGGGGUGGGGGGUGUGUGCGGGGUGUGGGGGGGGGUGGUGGUAUGGGGGGUUGUCGGUGGUUGGGGGGUGGGGGUGUGGGAGAGGAGUGUGGCGUUAGGGUGA